AUGGACACUAGGAAGACAUUGACGUUGACGGGAAAAAGUUUUGAGUCUCAAGUCAAUCAAAUUGGAGCUGUGGAAUACAUGACCAAUAGUCGCCUGCACCACAUUUUGGCGGGAGAGUCCAGCCGGGAGGCACAUCCUCAUGAUCUCCAUCCGUCUCUUGCUCUCCCUCGCUCGCUCGCUCGUUCGCUCUCUAUCGUCCGCCUUGAGGCCUUAUCCAGAUGUUCAGUGAGUGUCAGGAGAGCCCUUGCGUUCUUGGAGAAACUCAGGCAAUUGCCGGUGCAUAGCAGAUCCUCAAGUGGAACAAUGAGAAUGGGAUUAGUCGAUGAUCGCAAGAGCUACAUUAUGGAAAACAUGAUUCAUUUACGCGAUUGGUACUUGAUAAAAUCACCAACAGCACACAUGGGGAAAAGAUUAGCCAUUGGAGGCAUCUUAUCAAAAGGGGAUCAGGAUGUAGGAAUUUUUCAAUCAGCACCUAUCGUUGAAAGACUUAAUGCCUUUAGGCUUAGGACAGCAGAUGGAGUUAUUAUUAUUCUCUUUGGGCUUAUUGAUCGACAAAGGACCUCUGAAAAUGGUUUUCCAAGUGAGGUGCUAAGUCUGUUCCAGACAGGCUUUCCAUUUACAUGGGAAAUCCUUACCGACACAUACAUCAGCAGCAAUGAUACUUCUUGCUGUUCUUUAGGACAUGAUAACAAUGCUGAUGAACUGAUGCAUUCGACUGGUAGAGCAAGACGUGUUAGAAUAUUCUCAGAUGAUGACAAAUGGAGCAAAAAUGAUUCUGCUGGUGGGCCAGAGUGUCACAGAUCAAUGAAGAGCUCUUUUGCUAGGAAAAUUGAAGGAAAUAUUCAGGAGUUUGAUGAUGCUGAUGGAAAAAUGCACCCUGAUCAUGGUGACAGAUGUGUAAAAAAUUGUGUGGAUGAAGCCAUCAUGAAACAAACAUUGUUGGACACAGUGAAGAUUAUCUCAUAUAAAGAUAAAGGCAUACAACCACACCAUGUGUUUGAACAUGUAAACAGCGAUAUGGAACAAAGUGCAGCAGAUAAACCUUCUCCAAUGAAGGGCACAGGGAAUUUCUAUUCUGUGGCUUCUGUUUCGGUGGGUCAGUCUGUGGAAAUGACACCAAAUACUCAUGAGGUUGGAUAUGCAGCUAAUACUGGUUUUGAUAAAGAUUGUAACAACUUGCUUAAAUCCCCUGAAUGCAGCAAUGACAUGUUAAGUGCGAAUAUUCCUGUAGAGAAGUUAGAUGGUGGGGAUGGUAAUGUUGUCAAGGAUCCUGAGAUACAAAAUGUUUCAUGCUCAGAAAUCAUGUACCUAUCAGAAUCACAAAUAGUAAUGCCAUUGGCUACUCCCUUUAAAUGCACUCUUGCAACAUCAGUUUCUAGUCCUGUUGUUUUAAUACAUAAAAGGGUUCCACGUCAGCCAGGUAAAAAUACUCCAGUAGAUGCAGAAAGUGGAGCCUUUAUGGAAAAUUCUGUUGGUGAAAGGAUUAGGGAUACGGCAAAAUUAGUUAUUGGAGGAUGCACAACGAGUUCAAAUUCUAAAAGUGUCAAACAUGAGCAUGUUGAAUCUGAAAAUGACAGCUUACUACGGAGCCCUGUAAAGAGAACUAAGACAUGUCAACUUGGUUUGUCUAAGGAGCUGUCACAAAGAGGUGCACACAUGAAGUCAGAGGCCAUCAAGGUCACAGGGAAAGAUGCAUCAUCUGUAGCUCCUUUCACACACAGAGUGACAAGAUCUAGGGCUAGGUCAAGUUCUUUUGAAGUCCUUGAGAAAAGGGAAUACAAUGACAGUUAUGGUCUGAAGGAUGAUUUCAACAAGGAUACCGUUAUCCCAAUGGACUGUCCCAAGGAUGACUUGGUUGGCAUGGAUGACAGCACUUCGGGUGCAUUUGAGUUUGGAAUUGAGGAAAAUAAAGAUAAAAUGAGGUUAGAUGCUGAAACUAAGGAUAGUGGUCACGGAAUUACUAGAUUGAAAGCUAUGUCAAGUAGAUUGAGGAGGUCACAGAAGGAAGGAAAACAAGGCUGUUCUACUCAGAAGGUUUCUAAUGGAGAGGAUGUCACUGUUUCAACAAACUGCUUUAAGGAUACUGUACUUAACAUGUAUAGUAGAAGAUCACACUUCAUUGGGACUGAAACUGGAAAGAACAAGUAUAAACUGGGGUUAGAUGCUAAAAGCUUUGAUAGUGGACACAGAACUACUAGAUCAAGAGCUAUGUCAAGCAGCUUGAGGAGCCCUAGGAAAGAGAGAGAGGGAGACUGUCAUACUCAGAAGAAUAGUAGCAACAUGAAUGUCACUGUUUCAGAAAGCUGUUCUAAGGGAGGUGUAUGUGACAACAGGCAUGGGGAAACUGAGAUUGGAGUUGGAGAAAUUAAAAAUAAAGAAAUUUUAGAUGCUAAAAUCCUUGAUAGUGAUGAGCUGCUGAAUUUGACUAACAAAAUUGGCCAUGGUACUGAAAAGUGCAAGCUGCAGUAUGGCCCUUCUACUGAUCUCCACACUCAACAUGCUGGCAAGCAUUUGUUGUCAGCUGUUGGAUGUGAUCAAGUUGAAGGCCUGGUAAGACAGAGGUCAGAGGCUUCUGAUGAUUUACAGGAAUCGAAGCAUAGUUGCAGUAAAACAGUUGCCACAGGAAAGAAAAAGAAGAGGAAAAGGAAUGUCCAACAUGCAUGUCGACUCUUUGUUCCUUCUGGUAGCGCAGAAAAAUCAUCUUCUGCACCUGGAAGAGCACUCAAUUUAAAGAUGUCUAGUUCAGGGCGGCUAAUUGUUCCUCCUUUGGCUCAUUGGCGCAAUGAACAAAUUGUAUAUGACACGGAAGGGAAAAUCGCUUGCGUUUUUGAUGGCUCACAAGUAGUAAAGCGUCCAGGUAACAUGCUAACAAGAAGACGAAAGCCGCAAAGAUUAUAGGUCAUCUUCUUGGACGUUGUGAUUUGGAGUUGCCUUCUUGUUGGAUUGUAAAUAUUGGUUUCCAUAUGGAGUUUUUGGAUAUGCUAUUUAUCCGUUCUUCGCUUGA